AUGACACGUCCGUCGGCGUUUAGUCCGGAUGAGAACCAGCAUCCUGUCGAGGAUGUCAGGUCCGAGUCGGUAGCCAAAUCCAGCCCUCGCAGCCUGUUCUCCGCGGUGUUUGGUUGGAGUAGAAAGCACCGAGACAACACCCAUGAAGCUGAAGAUGAACGGAGACCCUUACUGGGAUCGGAUUCCCCAUUGUCACCGUCACCAUCAACGUCAUCACCAUGGUGGGAAACAACGUGGGAUUCGGCACAGGAACUCUGGCUCCAGGGUAAGGGAAUGAUCCUUGUCAUGUCAGCCCAGUUCUUUGGGGCUUCCAUGAAUGUCAUGACUCAAAUUUUAGAGAGAAAGGGAAGGAAUGGGGAGGGGUUUCAUCCAUUUCAGGUAGGACUGAUCAUUUGGUUUUUCCAAAUAUCUCCCCGUACUAAACUGGAACAGAUCCUCUUCGCCCGCAUGUCCAUCACAGUUAUAGUCAGUUAUCUGUACAUGUGGUACACCAAAGUCCCUCGCCCGUUUGGGACCCGCUCUGUGCUUCAUCUUCUCCUGCUUCGUGCAGCCGGUGGCUUUAUUGGCGUUUAUGGGCUUUACUACUCCGUUCAAUACCUACCACUGUCGGAAGCUACAGUGUUAACUUUCCUAGCACCUAUCCUUUCCUGCUAUGCCUGCUCUCUGUUCAUUCCCAAUGAGACCUUCACACAUAAGCAACAACUCGCUGGCGUGGUGUCGCUGGUUGGUGUGGUUCUAAUCGCACGGCCUUUCUCACUUUUCUCGAACGGAAAUCCUCCGGACUCCGGAGAGCCUGGUAGCGGGGAGCAGCCUGACUCUGAGGAUGAAUAUCACCAUAUUAUGGCGAUCGUCAUGGCGCUCAUGGGAGUCAUGGGGGCGUCUUGCGCGUACUCGACCAUCCGAAUAAUCGGACAACGCUGUCAUCCGCUGGUGUCCGUCACAUAUUUUUCCUCGUUCACAACCAUUGUGUCGACCGUGGCCAUCCUGGUGAUGCCUUCCAUUGCUCUAGAACUGCCGGGCACCCCGUUAGAAUGGACCCUGCUCUUGGGUCUGGGUGUUUGUGGGUUUCUGCUGCAGUUCCUCUUGACCGCUGGUCUGUCGUAUGUGCCUCCACCGAGGAAAUUGUCCCCGUCGGAACAGCAUCGUCGAUAUGGAAGCGAUGGAAAUGAUGAGCCGAAGGAGGAGUCGCGCAGCUCGUCCGGAUCGCGGGCCACGUCUAUGAUAUAUAUGCAGAUGGUCUUUGCGUUAUUUUAUGACCGCGUUGUUUGGGGAAGCACUCUGUCUCUCUUGAGUUGGAUGGGAUCUGCUCUGAUCUUAGGAAGCGCCAUCUAUGUGGCCGUCGUCCGAGAGGCGCCCGCAGCUGCCACUAGGGAAGAUGAGAAUGAGACGAACUGA